AUGGUGAAUGCUGACCUACCAGCUACUGUUCCUACUGUCUACGGCCAAAGUACGCAUUCUAUCGAGCCAAGUUUUACCGACGACCGACAGCAACCAACAUUGCCAGUCUGCCGUCACCCUGAGACCCCUCAGAAUUCAUACGAGCAAGAUUUACCAUUUUCGAGCGACACCGGAAGCUCAGCCAGAAUAGACGUAUUCUCCUUGAACAAGUCUGUGUCUCCAUUCAGUCAAAGGGCGGGAAUCGUGCCCAAUAUUCACGUCGAAGGAACUGACCUCGAGAACUAUGAUUCUGCUCUUGCGGUCAAUGAACACUUUUCGAAUCGGAUUGAUGGAGAUCCUGUAAUAAGUCAGACGCUUUUCAGUCGAUUUGACUCUGAGCCUUCUAUCGAAGGUGCGCUGUUCGCACCGUUCGACUCAGAUCCUGCCAUUAAGCGUGUGCUCUUUUCCCAGGGAUUGGAAAUUCUAUAA